CAGAUACGACAUCUAACUUCAUUUAAGACCAUCGCGCUUCACAUGUUGACAACCAGCCCGUCAUUCAUUACGCCCCCAACUACCCACCUUUAUUAUUCAUCAGCCCAUUAAUUCCUACUUAUAAGCCACGAAAACUUUAGAGUUUAGUCCAUAAAUAUCAAAGGACAAAAACAUCUACAUUUAAUUACUAUACAAACUUUCAUUCCUCUCCUGAAAAAAAUGGCAAGUGCAUAUAAAUUUGUAGUUUUACUGACCGUUUGUGCUGGAUUAUUAGCUUAUGGGGAUGAUAAUAAUAAGAGCCUCGGUGAAAAGUGCGGUGCGGAAUUUCAAAAGGUAGCGGCGUGUUUAACAUACGCGACGGGGAAGGCACCGUCUCCGUCGAAGGAGUGCUGCGAUGCGGCGGAGGAGAUAAAAGAAAAUGAUCCGGUUUGCCUAUGCUACAUAAUAGAACAGAUCCAUAAAGGAGCAAGCCCUCAGUUGAAGAGCAUGGGCAUUCAAGAAGAUAAAUUACUUCAGCUUCCUUCAGCAUGCAAGCUCACUAACGCCAGCAUCUCUAACUGCCCUAAGCUACUCAAAAUUCCUCCAAAUUCUCCUGAUUAUGCCAUCUUCACCAAUGUGACCAAAUCCCAUGUAUCCACACCUGGGGGAGCUUCAUCAUCAUCAUCAUCAUCAUCUUCAUCGUCACAGGAUACUACAAAAGACGUCUCCAACGGAUUCAAGAACGGACCCCAGCUUUCGGUUAUCGGAACAGUUGUGGCUGCUGCACUUGUAGCGAUCUUUUUAUCUGUAAUUCCUAGGAAGCUACUAGUAUUUUGAUUUAACUAGAGGAAAAGGAACUAGAUUACUCCUUUUGAUCUGCUUAGUUUUGGUUUAAUUUGUAGCUUUUGGUUGUAACUCGUCUUGCCUUGUUUUAAUGAAUUGAUGUUUGCACACGCAUGAAAUUAUGUUGUAUGGAUUUUGUUAUGCUGGUACGUGACCAAGGAGCUAUGUGGCCGUGAGAAUUGUUCAAUU